UUCUUUUUGUAACUACCUGAAAUUGUAUGUCAAUUGGACCUACCAAUCAAAUUCAUAAGGCAAAUAAUGAUCAAUGAAGACCCCCUUCUUUUCUUUUUUUUAAGGGCUCAGGUUAAUCAGUCUACUAAGUUUUGCUUUUCUUGUAGUCGAUCCUGAAUGUUCUUUGCUCCUUUCAGCUUAAAAUGCCUAAUGUGGAGAAACAAGUAACAACAGCUUAUAUUAUUGGGGAGAAAUUAAGAUUUGAACUUUAACUAUCCACUGGAUAUAAAUGAAAGAAACGUAUGUAAAAAUGUAAGUAGAUAAUGGGAAGGAAUGACAACUGCAAGUCAAAGGGAAAGAAAGAGUAGUUUGUUUGGUUAGGACCAGCCGUUGUUUGAUGUUUGAUGAUAAACAAAUGCAGACAAAUCUGUCGAACCAUUGAGGACAAGUAUAAAAAAACAGAAGCUGUCCCUCCUAAUCAACAGCAACUCUCUGCUAGUCCUCUUUUCUUGAUCCUCAUUAUUCUUAUCUUUCUAUUUCUCUACUCUUUUUCUUUUGUACCUAAAAAUGGAUCAAAAUCUCCAUCACCGACACAAACUCAUGCACCACCGAUGUUGCAGCCAUGAAGAAGAGGUUAAUAGUAUGGAGUGGGAAUUCAUUAGAAUGAGCAAGCAAGAAGAAGAUCUUAUUUACAGGAUGCACAAACUUGUUGGAGACAGGUGGGGGCUUAUAGCAGGUAGAAUACCAGGGAGAACAGCAGAAGAAAUAGAAAGGUUUUGGAUAAUGAGACACAGUGAUGGGUUUGCACACAAGAGAAGACAAACAAUUAAGAAAAGUCUACCACCUACAUAAUUAUUAUUAUCCUUCUUUUUCUUUAAACCAAAAAAAAAAAAAACUUUUUGAGGAAAGCAGAUUCUCUUUUUCCUCCUCAUCCUUUCUUUUCCAUUUUGUUUGGGGACCCAAGCUAUUGAUCAUUUUAUCAUUUUCUUGUCUGUGUACUUUUAUUUUUUAGAUUUAUAUCUUAUGCCUUUUUGGUUUACUUGUUAUGUUUAUGUGGGCAAUAUAUAUGUAAUCAUAUUAUCUUCUUA